UCAACAGGGAUUUGUGAGAAGCUAUGGAAAUCAAAUUGGCAAAAAUUGGAUCAUAAUGAAUAACCAUGGGGUACACCAUGAUCUGAUCUAUAACCAAAUUGAAAUGCAUCCGCUUAUUUUAAGUGGAUGGCCUUGUAUGGAAUCGUAUUACAGUCUUCCUUCGGAUGUAGUAUUGACGGUUGGAUAUUAUGGUAACAACAACUAUUCCAUUUUAUCAAUUAGUGAGGUGGAUAGACAUCGGGACUUACCGCGUUUUCAUAGCAGAAACGUGUUCUACAAAGAGAUCCAUUUUUUCGAUGUAGAUCUACUUCCUUUCAGUGUUGAUCUGCCAAAAUUAAAAUUGCCGGAGGAAUUUGCAACUGUCCUCAAAGACAAUGGAUAUGAAGACGUUGUGCUCUGCGGUGACAACGGGAAGAAUAAAUUAAUGUCUCCCUUAAAAAUUGAAGAUCCUCGCCGCACAAAAUUAGGAUACGGAUGGGACGAAUUCUGCAGGUCUAACAACUUCAAAUGCGGAGAUAGGAUUCGAUUUAGGUUAGAUGUUACUUCCUUGGACAAAACAUGUUAUGUGUAUAAAAUUGCAUGAGUUUAGUAAA